AGUUCAUUGUAUAGAAUGAAUUGCUAUUCGUUUUCAUAUGUUGAGAUAUAACUUGUUGUUUAUCCUUUUGCAGUCAAACAACUUGGCUUGUGCAUGAUGAAGCAAACAAAGAUCAAUUUGAUGUCCAAGAAGAACACAUCAAUGAGUUAAUGUUUAAUCAAGACCUUGAUGUCAUGAUUCUUUUCUACUACUGCUACAAGCAGAAGAGAGAUGCACAAAGAGAGAUAGCAUCCUUAGAUAGCGAAGACAGUGAAACUCAAACAAAAUACAUUCACUUUGAGAUCAUGGCAUCUACUGCAUUCGCAUUUGUUUAUCAAAAGAACGCAGAUGAUAGGAUCAAUGAGGUUGAUAAGUUCAUAGAAAAUAUGCCUGACAUGACUGAGAAGAUUAUCAUCCCAAUGAAUUGCGAUCCCAAUGGAGGCAAAUAUGAAGGGCCUAUUGGUGAACAUUGGCAUCUGCUUGUAUAUGACAUCAACAACUACCAAUGAGAACAUUACAACUCGCUCAAAGGAGGAGCAAUAUGAGAAAGAUGUGAACAUGAUGCAAGGGAAAUGGUUGCCUACUGCAAACGACACAUCGAUGAGAGGAUGGGGAAACAGAAGCUUCCCAGAAGCACUGAUUUGAACAUGGAGUGUGUACAAAUACCUCAGGGAGCACACCCAGAUUGCCUUGUUUAUACAUGUUAUUGGAUCAAACGAGGUUUCAAGUCAAAGCUCCUGAAAUCUCAGCAUAUAAUUAUGAGGGAUGAAAUGAUAAAAAAGAUGCAGCGCUGAAGAUACAUAAUGGCCUAUAAGCUUCUGGUGAAAGACAAAGACGGAUCAAGUUGAGGUGAAAAAACUAAUGCAUAAUAUCUUAACAAUGAAAUGAUUAGACUUGGUUACACAAACUGAAUUAGUUUCUAAUGUCAUAUUUGCUCUAAUUUGUUUUCUUUUAACUAUAUUAUUUUGGAUGGUAAUUAAUAUUUCGAAUAAUAUUUGUUAUGACUGAACAAAUGUCUAAAAUGUGUAAAACUCUUAAUGUCUA